AUGGAGCAGGGUGCAGGAUGCAGAUGUCCAGAUGACGCGGUUGCUGCCGUUGCGAGAGUGGUCGUUGCUGGGGCUGGAGCCGAAGACGAUGCAUGGCAGUUGCAUGAUGUGCAUAGUCUGAGUCGACGAACCGGAAGACGGGAGAGAUACAAGCAAAGUGAGAUAUAUCAGCUCGAUCAGCUCAAUUCUCCCUUGUCUGAGACAGCUGAAGCCUUUUUACUUUUAAAGAUGCCAGCACCGAUCGAUCUCGCCGUGUCCUUCCUCGCGGCUCAGGUUUCCGUCCAUUAUCAAGAUGGCCAGAUGGAGGCUUAA